AUGUCUCUGAAGUUGAAAUUAUUUCUGAUUUUUCUGAAUAUUUCUUUAUUUUCUUGUGCUUCGAAUGCAGUCGAACGAUAUACAAAGAAAUUCAAUCCGAAAGUAUUGAAAGAAGGCGAUCAUAUCAGUCGUAAAUAUCCGAAACACUUGAUGGAAGUAACGAUGAGUUUUGGCAUGACGGAAGAAAAAAUAUUAUUUAUUGAAGCAGUUAUCGAAGACAAUUUUACAGAUCGUUUCGAUACGGACUCUCUGAACAAAAUACAAGAGACAGUUCAAAAGUACCUUGGCGGCUAUUGGAGUAUUCAGUUCUACGAUGAUCCCUACAUGUUCUUUUCAACUUCUUUCAAAAGAAGUCCUAGCUUUAUUGUUCUGGAUGUUAAUGGAAAAGGGGUUGCCGUUGUGAAAGAUCGCUGA